GUUUUAUGUAUAGCAUUGGGAAAGUAUGAAAGAAGGAUCAAUAUCUGGUGAGAGACUCUGGACUAGAGAGAGAGAUGCUCAUGCUAGUGCUAUUAUCAAUGGUGACUCUACCUCACCUGCACUAGUAGUGAUUGGUGGACGGAAUAAUGAUCAACUAAUGAAUGAAUGUUUAUUAUUUGAUAAUAUCACUACUGGUCAGUUCAGUUGUAAGAAGAUUCCUCUGCCUCAAUCUGUUACUGGUAGAUACCGUCACUCAGUCACGGCAGUCUCAAUGUCACCACACUGUGUGUGGCUUGCAAUUGUUGGAGGAUAUGAAAGGUUGGAAUAUAUACGUGAUGAUGGAGGAAUGAUAAAGCCAAGAGUUACAUUUGUCACUCAGUCUGAUAGAAUAAUGAUAAUAAUUGAAUUAGUAUAUACUGAAGCUGGUGAGUGGAUAGUACUGUCAGUACUGGAUGGUAAUGAUCUCACUUGCAAGAAAUAUCAAGAAAAGUAUUCAUCAUACAGCAAAACCAGAACAUGGUGGAUGGAUCAGCUAAUAGAAUAUCCCACAGAGAAGGAAAUGAAGCUUCAGAGAUACAUCCAGUCUUUACAUCAAGAACUACAAGUGGCUCAUCAGAACAAAGUAUCACUACAGGAGGCCCUGACUGAGGCCAAUAAACAAGGUACAUGUUUACAAUGUCUUACAUAUAACAUCCAUUUUACACUUAAAUAUUAG